ACGUCCUUGCCACGCGACUCUUACGCAACUCAAACGCAAUUAAGCUAAGAAAGGGGUAUGACACUAAUUCAGGCUCGCAUAUCACAUGGCUAAUUUGUGGACUGCACCUGACAUGCAUAGACGAAGACUAUUACGUGAAAUAAUGAAGUAGUGCACUUUCCAGUGCUCGUUUUUAAGAAAGAGUUAAAAGGCCUUAAAACCACUUACGGGAGGACAGUUUCUCUUAUCACCCAGCGCGGGGUGAUUAUAGCGAGAUAGAACGCAAUCCUUAACCGCGAGAAUCUUAUGCUAUAAUUACCUGAACAAACUCCUGAAUCUUAUUUUCGUUAUGGCUCAAUACCUUGAUUCAAAUGGAAAGGAAAAGGUUCUUGUACUAGAUGGAGGUCUUGGAACAGAAUUAACAAGGGCUGGUUUUAAAAUCGAUGAUGAUCCACUUUGGAGUACAAGAACUAUUAUUGAAAAUUCAGAGGCAGUAAAAGCUGUCCAUAAAAGUUUCCUUGAAAGUGGGGCUAACAUUGUGAUAACUGCCACUUACCAGCUUAGUUAUGAGAUACUUCAUCAAUAUUGUGGUUUUGACGAGAACAAGGCUUUGGAUGUAAUUUACAGAAGUGUAAAAAUUGCCCAGGGAGCUUGUCUUGAAGUGAACAGUAAUAACCCCAAAUCUCAAAGGAGACUGCUGGUUGCUGGAUCAGUAGGUCCAUAUGGAGCUUGUAAGCAUGAUAUGUCUGAGUACAGUGGCAAUUAUGUUGACGAAAUGACAAUAGAGCAACUGAUGAAUUGGCACAGGCCCAGGGUGAAAGCAUUGCUUGAGGCAGGAGUUGAUAUUCUAGCUCUAGAAACCAUCCCUGCUCAGAAAGAAGCAGAGGCUCUGAUUCAGCUUCUCAAGGAAUUUCCUACUGCAAAAGCUUGGCUGUGCUUUUCAUGUAAGGAUGACAGUCGCACCUGUCACGGAGAACUGUUCUCUGAUGUUGUCAAUGAAAUCGUCCGUCAGUCGGCACAGAUCGUUGCUGUGGGUGUGAAUUGCACUUCUCCACAAUUUGUAAAGUUCUUACUGCAGGGUAUCAAGGGAAAGGUUGAUGUUCCCUUUAUUGUUUAUCCCAAUGGCUGCGUCGAUGAAAAGAGGAUGCUGUGAGACACAACCCAAGGAUGUCGCCAAAAUACGGAGGAUAGUCGACAGUAUUGGGUCACCAUAAAUGUAGAUGUCGGGCUUUAGCAGGGUUCCGCUGCCGGCGGUUCUGCGUAAAUUUCUCCACGUAGGUAUCAGGGACGUGGCGGCAAAUUCAAUGCUGAAUGGACGCGAAUCACAUCGCCUAUUAGUGCCAAUAGUUAUUCAGCCAAUAAGAAGCAAGCAAGGGCAAGUCAGAAAUUUACAAUAGAGUGCUAUACAUAACACUCAUAACGAUAUGCGAAGUUGAAAUACAUUAUUUUAAUAACCGGUAUUUCAUGGCUAGUUGAGCAGUCUCACGUGUAAUUACGCAAUUGCCGAUAAUAAAUUCUGGUUUGGCGUGAAAA